GUGAGCGGCCUGUGGGAGGGACAGCAGUGCAGAGUAGGUGGGAGAGGGAAGGGUGUCGGGCUCUGCCUGUUACUGGGAGUCUGGCUGCACUAGGGGUGCCGUGUCCCAGCUGCCAGCCCCAUGUAUGCUCACCCCGGGCAGCCUGGGAAAGCCAGACCCUCAAGUGCACAACUCCAUCCCCCCUUCAGUUUGUUGCAGAGUGGAAGAUUCCAUUGAAAAGCCUCUCUUAUCCUCAUUCCUAGGAGCUGAGCCCCCGCAGAUAACGGAGCGGCAGCAGCUGCUCUUGGGCUCUGGGCACCUCUCUGAAUGGGAAUCUCUGGGACAUGGCUGCUGGCAUUCUACUGGGCUGCUUCGGACUCAUCUGGGCCACAGCUAUGACCUACGGGAUCAAGGUGACGAUGCCCGAACACAAGAAGGUGGUGAUGCUCUUCCAAUCAGUGUUAUUACGUUGCCAAUAUGCGACAUCUUCAACUCAGCCAGUCGUGAUCCAGUGGAGAUACAAAUCCUUCUGCCUGGAUCGUAUGGAGGAAGCUCUGGGCAUUGGUAAAAUCCCGGGCAAGGGAGUGACGGGCAAUCAGUACCUGGACUGUGCAGAUGGCAGCAGAACAGUUCGGACGGUGGCCUCCAAGCAGGGAUCUACGGUGACAUUGGGGGACUUCUACAAAGGAAGAGAUGUCACCAUUGUGAACGAUGCCGACCUCCAGUUUGGAAAUAUGCAGUGGGGUGACAGUGGCCUCUAUUACUGUCUUGUUGUUACAUCCGAUGACUUGGAGGGCAAAAAUGAGGACCGAGCGGAAGUUCUUGUAUUGGGCAAGACAGGGGUGUUUGCUGAUCUCUUGCCCAGUUUUGAAGUGGAAAUUAUGCCAGAGUGGGUCUUUGUCUGCCUGGUGAUACUUGGGACAUUCCUCUUCUUUGUGAUGGUGGGAAUCUGCUGGUGCCAGUGCUGCCCUCAUAAUUGCUGCUGCUACGUGCGAUGUCCGUGUUGCCCAGAGACCUGUUGUUGCCCAAGAGCCUUAUAUGAAGCUGGCAAGGCUGCCAAGGUGGGAUACCCCCCGGCUGUCCCAACUGCCUGUCCCCCCUACUACAUCUCCACUAUUCCUGUGUCUCAAGUGCCAACCUGUAGAGUCAUGGAUAAACAGCACGUUCCACCCUUGGUACAGAGCGACUCGCUAACAGGACAAAACGCUGUACGUAAAGGGUACAGGAUCCAGGCUGACAAGGAAAGAGACUCAAUGAAAGUCCUUUACUAUGUAGAAAAAGAACUGGCCCAGUUUGAUCCAGCCCGACGAAUGCGGGAAAGAUACAGCCACACAAUUUCAGAGCUUAGCUCUCUGCACGAAGACAACGCACAUUUCAACCGCUCCUAUCAGCAAGUCCGAAGGCAGCCAUUACCCUCCAGUUGCAACGCAGAUGGAGAUGCGGAGUAUUGGUCUGGCGUUGUUGGUUCUGCAAGACCAGCAACCUACUCUAAAUUCAGGGAAGAAAGGGAGAGCUUCAGAAGUAGCCUCCAGAGACCGACAUCUGAGGUUUUGGAAAGAAAAUCAUUUCCCAUGGCAAUCCAGGCUGUGUCCACCGAUGAGUUAGCAGCAUUUACAGACUCUUAUAAGCAAAGACCACGGAGGGCUGACAGCCGGGGACCUGGACCAGGACCUCGGUUUGAGAGAUCCGAGACAAGGGGAAGAUCGCUGUAUCAGGACAGCUCUUCAGAUGAUUACUAUGGAAAACGAAACCAUGGAAGAGAAGUUUUUUCAGACAGUGAAAGAGGCUGGUCUUUCAGCCCUUCUCGAAUACGAGCUGCGGAGGACAAGCAUCUGCCCAAACGGAUAACUAGGAUGGGCCAGAGCUACGAUGAUGCUUAUCUUAGCAGAGUUCUUGAGAGGAAAUCGAGGGGUCUUGAGGACACCGGUGUAACCCCCUGCAAACUGAGCGUGCGGCAAAACUCUAGUCGCAGCUAUGGUAGAUCUCCAACAUUGAAGACUGGAGACAGCAAAGACCACAAAGUAGAGGAAGAAGACUGCCUUCCUCCUUACAGUGAAAGGGAGCUUGCAAGGGCUCUCCAAUUUCAUUCAAGAGACCACUCCUAUCUCAGCACCUCAGACAAGAGGAAGAAAAAGGAGCAGCCCAGUAAAACAGGUGAUUUCCCAAACAGGAUGUCCCUCGUUGUCUGACAUCGUUAAAGACUUAAGGAAGAUUCUGAUUGGAGGAGGCACUGAGGCAGUCCCGAUUACGAAUGACAGACCCAUGAGCCACUGUGCUCCACGGAAGCCCUUCUUGACGUGGAAGAUCCUUAUAUAGCCUGUUUGCCCACAAGAUAGGAGACCAUAUGCAUGGGCCUUAAUUUGGAAGCAAUGGUCUCCUGAGUGUAGCCUGCCCAGUCUUUUAUGGACCUUAGUAAACAUAAAACUGGAGAAGUAGUUGAACAGCAAGAGUUGAUAGCUGCCACUAGUUUAGAUUGUGUAAAGACAAGCCUUAGUACAUAAACCAUACUUAGUACACCAGAAUCAGUAUUAAAGGGGUGCUAUCUGCCUCUGUUCUCCAACAUUCCUUAUUUCUCUAUCAGUCUUACCUUCGUACUAUGCGAUCUCUUUGUGCCUGUCAUAUUGACACUGUCCCAUAUAGGGUCCAGUGACCAAUGUCUCUCUUUCUCAAGUGGUUAUUAUGACAAAGAUAUAGAUUGGCUUUAUAUAUUUCCAUAUGGAGUGUAACAUACUGAUAUCUCUUCUAAUAAAGAUAUUUUUGGCACUUUUUUCUGACAAUUCUAAAUAGGUAAACAUUGACCAUGGCCAUUAGAAAUUAAGUUUGGUGGCCUGUAAUCUACAGAUGGAGCAGGAUACAUCCUAAAAGGAUGACUAUGGCUACCUCAAAUUGUUAUGUAUGGAAUCUUAUGGUUAGCAUUCAAUGUUAAAUACAUUAAAAUGGCUCACAAUUCUAUUUUUCAAAAGUUAUGAUAGGAUCCUAGGUGACCCAUAUCACCAAGGUCCAACUUCAAGACCAUUUUGUUCUGGUAUGGAGGCACAUGCCGAGAGGACCAAUGCAACUGAAAUCUAUGUUACACCAUAUUGGAUUAUUAAAGUUAGGAUAUUUUUGUCAUAGUUCCAAUCUCAAGCAUCUGCUUACCUUUAAAGCUGCUUACCAUGUGCCCCGUUUUUUAUGGGAACAUGAAACCUUUAAUUUCCCUUUUCACAUUUUCAAACACUUCCUUCCUUUCUGUUUCCGUGAAGUAUCCAUACAACCAUUUUAAGUCAUUUUCUUUUGUUGUCGUUGCUAAUAGUAGUAGUAAUAGUAGUAAUACCGUUACCUUAAUUAGAAUUUUACAUAUAGUUUCAAUUUGAGUUUCCUGAAUGAUGAUUGGCUUUGCCUUAAGCCAACUGAGAUUUAAAAAAGAAAAAAAAAAAGCAUAAUUUAUCUGUGAUUUGAAUGUUUUCUAUUAUAUUGUUUUCUAUUAUAUUUUUUAUGCUUUUGGGUUUUGUUUAAAUGAGUUUAAGAUCCUCACAGCCAUUGCUCUCUCUGGAACAUUCUGUACGAUAGAAAUAUGGAAUAUCCAGAUGAAGAAGCUGUGAGGUUCAACCAACAGUGUUACACUCCUCAAAUUGUUUACAUUGCUGCAUAAUAAAACUGAUGGGUCAUUUA